GAUUGGCUGGCUGGGGACUCGGCCGCUGGGGACAGCGCGGCGGCCACUCUGGUCCCUGUCCCGUCCUUUGGGCCUCGAUCCCUCGGCUGCAGGCUCUAUGGUGCUGGCCACGACAUGUGGCGCCUGACAGGGAUCCUGGGGCGAGCUCUUCCCCGCCUGCUGGGACCUGGCUUCCGAGGGGUAACGCCCAAACCCACCAGUUCAGAUGGGCCUCAGACAACCUCCCCUACCCUGCCCCUCCCUAGGCUCAGCUUUGACAGAUCAGGCUCCCACGGUUCAAAGAGGAGCAGGGACCCAAAGUGCUGUGGAUGGAAAGAUGCCUUUCACUGGAUGUCUGCUCAUGUCUCCCCAAACACAUUGCGGGACGCCAUCUCAUGGGGCACUCUGGCGGUGCUGGCCUUGCACCUGGCGAGGCAGAUCCACUUCCACGCCCCUCUGGUAGCAGGACCUCAGCCAGCUGAACGCUCUUGGCACAGUCCCCUGUACCGCUUCCUCUCCUCUUCCUGGUGGCACCCACACUCCUCACUUCGGAGGCAUGUUCUUCCCAGUCCUGACUGCCCAGCUCCCAGGAACACUGGCCUCAGGGAACCAAGGCAGGGCCAGGAAGAACCCUCAGCUCGUUCCCAGUGCCUUCCCUCAGAUAGCUCCCUGAGAUCUGGACUUCUGAAUCUGCCUGAAGAAGAGCCCAGUGACUUUGACUUCCUGCAUGCUAGCAGGGACUUCACAUCCCAGGCAAAGGCAGCCGAGGCCCAUCCCCCUGGAGGAAAAAAUGAACAAGACAAGGCCAAGGCUCUUCCUCUGGAGGAGGCUGUGACUUCCAUUCAGCAACUCUUUCAGCUCAGUGUAGCCAUCACUUUCAACUUCCUGGGGACAGAGAACAUAAAGACGGGGGACUACACGGCAGCCUUUUCCUACUUCCAGAAAGCUGCAGACCGUGGCUACAGCAAAGCACAGUACAAUGUGGGCCUGUGUCUCGAGCAUGGCAGAGGCACCCCCAGGGACCUCAGCAAGGCUAUCCUCUUUUACUAUCUGGCUGCCAUCCAGGGCCACAGCCUGGCUCAGUACCGCUAUGCCAGGUGCCUGUUGCAAAGUCCAGGCUCUUUGUCAGACCCUGAGCGAGAGAGGGCAGUCUCUCUGCUGAAGCAGGCUGCAGACUCUGGCUUGACCGAGGCCCAAGCUUUCCUUGGGGUGCUCCUUACUAAGGAACCACACCUGGAUGAACAGAGAGCAGUAAAAUACCUCUGGCUGGCGGCCAGCAAUGGGGACUCUCAGAGCAGAUUCCACUUGGGAAUUUGCUAUGAGAAGGGCCUUGGUGCACAGAGGAAUCUAGGAGAGGCCGUGAAGUGCUACCAGCAGGCAGCAGCUAUGGGGAAUGAACCUGCCCGGGAGAGGCUUCGGACCCUCUUUAACGUGGAAGCAGCAGGGCCGAGCCACCUGGCCACGACAGGACUGAAGUCUUUCUCCAGCCCCUCCCUCUGCAGCCUGAACACCCUGUUGGCUGGUGCCUCAGGCCUCCCUCAUGCCUCAAGCACUGGGAACCUCGGCCUCCUCUGCAGAAGUGGCCAUCUUGGAGCCAGCCAUGGUGCCCCCAGCAGAGCUAUACCAUCCUUGGAAAGGAGUCUCGUAAGACUGGGUUUUGGCUAAGACCUCCUCCUUAAAGAUGGAGCCUGAGAGUUCUCAGAGAUACCACAAUUUGAGUCCCAAAGAAGAGGCCAGUUCACUACUUACCUUCCCAGGAACCAUCAGCACCUCCCCGGCACCAUAAGGGAGAGGACCGUGUGUAAAGACCCGGGCUUUGGCUGCGCCUCCUGGAAGCAGUGACUGGAUGUCUACCACAUCUCCUCAGUGGUGACUGAGGGCUCCUGCCUUAAAGGAGCUGCAUUGAGAUGCAGCCAUUUCACCGUAGAAAGAAUCUUACUCCUGCUUAGGUUCCUGAAGACAGACUGGUGCCCACAGUUCCAUGGCCCUAAGAACCACCAGGCCGCUGGGCAUGGUGAGACACACCCAAUCCCAGCAUUUGGGAGGCAGAGGCAGGCAGAUAUCUAUGAGUUUGAGGCCAGCCUGGUCUACCAGGUGAGUUCCAGGAUAGCCAAGGCUUGUUAUACAGAGAAACCCUGUCUCAAAUCUCCACCACCACUACCCCCCCAAAAAAAGAAGAAGAGGAGGAGGAAGAAGAAGAAGAAGAGGAGUCACUAGGUCAAGAUGAGGAUCAAAGCUGACAUUGUGACUCCAGCCAAGACUUCAGGUCUACCAGUUCACACUGCAUUGUUAUCUGAAAACAUUGUCAUCACCCUGCAGAUCAGUGGAGAUUAGGCACCUGGAGUCUUGGAGCCAGAGAGUGGAGACCAUGAGUUCUUUUGGGGAAAGGUCAGGUAGGGAUAUACAAGUGUUUAAUAAAACAGAUGGUAGAUUAUC